AUGGAUGACUUUGACUUUAUUGAAAAUCUAGCCGCGAUAGAAGCAUUAGACAUUAUAGAAGAAGAAGAUGCUGCCGAAUACCAUAGACAAAUAUAUACUAAUGAAAACCCUUUUGAAGAAUUUUCCGAAAAUAAAUUUAUCAUGACGUAUCGACUAUCAAAAGAUUUAAUGAAAUGGGUCAUUAAUAUGGUGUCUCCUUACAUGGAACCUCCAGCAACAUCAAGAGGUCUAACAAUUGAAAGAAAAGUAUUGACUGCUAUUCGAUUUUUUGCGUCAGGAAGCUAUCAAAACGAUAUAGGUUUAAGUAGGUACUCAGCAUUAAGUCAGGCUUCAGUCAGCAAUUGCAUCACAGAAGUUACAUCAGCUCUGAAUAAUCGCCAACUUUUUGACCAGUUUGUCUACUUUCCAAGAAGUUUGGAUGAAUUGAAUGCAGUGCGAAGAGGAUUCAAUGAAAAAUUUGGUUUUCAAGGCGUGGUUGGAGUUGUUGAUUGCACUCACAUUGCGAUUUUCCCUCCACCGAUAAAUGAUGAGUUAUAUCCCGAACAUAUUUAUGUUAAUAGGAAAGGAUACCAUUCAAUCAACACUCAACUCAUAUGUGACGUUAAUCUACGAAUUUUAAACGUCUGUGCCAAAUAUCCAGGAUCCAGUCACGAUUCUCACAUAUGGAAUCAAAGCAAUGUCAAGCAAUUGAUGGAAACCUUACAUCAUGAAUGGCAAUGGCCAUUCUUCAUAUAUGCUAUUAGGGGACUCAGGUUACGCAUUGAGACCGUGGAUGAUGACUCCAUUUUUGAGACCCGAACCCAAUACACCAGAAGCAGCUUACAACGAUUCUUUUUGUAA